AUGCGGUACUCUAUCGCUGCGUUGUCACUUGUUUCCCCAGCGCUGGCGCUGCCAACACUAUCUUUGCUGAACGGUGGGUUAUUUGGUGGACAUCAUCUGCUUGGUGAUCUCUUCUCACAUGGCCACGGCCAGAAUGGUGGCCCUGAUUCUCACGCUGGAGCACCAGCAUACAAUGAUGGUCAUGGUUCUUAUGGUAGUAUCUCUAGUCCAAUCAACGGCGAGUCAUCCAAUUCCGACCGCGGAUCAGCUUAUGCCAACCAAGGAUCAUACGGCAGUAACGCUCCUCAAGGAAGUGGUACGUCUUCUUCCGCGGUCGAUGCAGUUUCUGUCAGCACAGGAACACCCAACAAUAACAAUUCUGCCCAUUAUGGAUAUGGAGUCGCAUCUUCGAGUGUGACUCUCGCAUCUACCAUUACAGCUUUGAGCGUCUCAGCGACGACCAACACUCCUGCGGCUUCAUCGAGCAAAGCCUCCUCGUCCGGUAGCGAGCAAACUUGCGAAAGUCCCGAUGUCAUCGGCUGCGGAACGUCAUCUGAUUCUUCUGCCGAUGAAGUUGCAGCAGAAAGUGUCGGUGUCUACGACUUCAUCAUUGUCGGCGGAGGAACCGCUGGUCUGGUGAUCGCAAACAGAUUGUCCGAACUUUCAGACACAUCUGUCGCAGUCAUUGAGGCUGGUGAUCUGGUAUUCGACAACAAGAAUGUGACCGCCGUGGACGGUUAUGGCUUAUCCUUUGGAACCCCGAUUGAUUGGCAAUACAAAAGUACACCCCAAGCCUAUGCUGGAAACAAGAGCCAGACAUUACGAGCUGGCAAAGCUCUUGGUGGAACAAGCACGAUUAAUGCUCAAGCAGCUCAGAUAGACGCUUGGGAGCACCUUGGAAACGAUGGCUGGAACUGGGAGAGUCUGUUACCUUACUACAAGCAGAGCGAGCACUUCCAGAUUCCUACCGAGGAGCAAUGCGCAGCUGGUGCUACCUAUGACAUUGCAGUACAUGGAACGACUGGUGCAGUCAAGACGGGCUGGAAUACUGAUCUUCUCGAUGGAAACGUCACCUCGCUCAUCAACGCUACAUACACUUCUCUUGGACUGCCAUACAUAGAGGAAGCCAAUGGUGGCAACAUGCGUGGCUUUACUCGCUACCCGGCGACCGUCGACCGCGAGCUCAACAUUCGCGAAGAUGCUGCCCGUGCUUACUACCUGCCCAUCCAGAACAGAACCAAUCUCGAUCUUUACACAAACUCUGUUGUGCAGCGCAUGACCUGGGACAAGGACUCAACAGACUCGAAGCCUCGCGUCAAUGGAGUACAAUUCACUGAUGCAUCUGGAAUGCAAAAGACUAUCAGCGCUAAGAAGGAGGUCAUCCUUUCUGCUGGCGCAUUGAGAUCACCACUCAUCCUGGAACUGUCAGGCAUUGGAAAUCCUGCUAUCCUUGAGCAACAUGGUAUCGAUGUAAAAGUCGACCUACCUUUUGUCGGAGAGAACCUCCAGGAUCAGACCACCGGCGGUGGUGUAUACAGCUCCAACAUCAGCUUUAAAGGCACCGCUGAUUACGUCGGCUACUUUAGCGUUGCAGAUAUCUUCGGCAACGGCACUGACGACCUCAAUAGCACAAUCCGAGGCUCGCUACUCCAGUAUGCCACAUCAGUCGUGGAAAACUCCAACGGCGUUCUAGACCAGAAGGUCAUGGAGAAGCUAUUCUUGAUCCACCACGACCUCGUCUUCAACCAACAGAUUCCGAUUUCGGAGAUCUUGGUCACACCUGGAAAUAACAGGAUGGACNNUUUUUCUUACUGGGGUUUGCUGCCCUUCUCUCGAGGUUCCAUCCACAUUUGUAGUAACGAUUCCACUGUUCCUGCCGCCGUCAACCCGAAUUACUUCCAGCUCGACUAUGACUUGAAGCAGCAAAUCGGUACCGCCAAGGCAGUGAGAAAACUGGCUGGUUCUGACGCUUUAUGUGACGUCGUCACUGGAGAAAUGAUGCCUGGUCUUGAAAGCGUGCCCCUGGAUGCAUCUGACGAAGUCUGGGCCAAAGCCGUGAAAGAAGGCUACCGCUCGAACUACCACUACAUCUCCACAGCCGCCAUGAUGGCUCAGGAUCUAGGCGGUGUCGUUGAUACCAAUCUCUUGGUAUAUGGCGUUGACAAUGUACGCGUCGUUGAUGCCUCUGUCAUUCCUUUCCAGGUCUGCGGUCAUCUUACUGCUACCAUCUAUGCGAUUGCAGAGAGAGCUGCCGAGGCCAUCAAGAAUCGCUACUACUAA